GUACGAGUGUCCCAAAACUGGUGGUAGUGACACGCUGGACGUUAAAGGCUGCCCCCUCGGUUUCCACGGUGUGGUGUGGUGUGCUGCAGCUAUAAUCAGGAGCACAUUAGUCCCGCACUGGCGUCUGAAGGGCGCUAUCAAUGUGAAGUCGUGUUCAUCUGGACCCCAAAGUUAAGCACCUGCGCAUCCCGCCCAUCAUGCCGAUUCGCGCCCCGCCCCACGAGCCCGAAUCCCUUUCCUCAUAACCUAUUCCCAUUCUCAAUACGGAAAAGAAUUGAGGCAGUGGAGUGGGUUUUAAGUCCAGAGUAUGUCUGUGCGCAGAAAGCGUAAACAAAUACCAGUGGAUAAAGGAAAAGAGCACAAUGAAGAAGGAAGGAACAUGGAGACUGUUGAAAGGCUGGCCUUCAGAUGCAUGGAAAAGUGCAAGGUGGAGUCCAGCACAGACUCUGACUCGGACAUGAGCCCAGAGGCUGGGGUGUCCAGUACAUCAGAGAGUGGAACUGGAAGAAGGAGAGUGGGGCCAUGGCACUUGGCAAGAAAGAGUACAUGGCCGUCUUUAGAUCCAUAUGAUGGAUCCUCGGAAGACUCUUCAGACUCAUCCGAUUGUAGUUUGGGAAGCCAACAAGUCCUAAGUGGAGCAGGUCAACUAGAUGUUCCUGUUGACACUGCUGCAGUAAUGGAGUUAGGCCAUUUUGAGAAAGAUCUCCAAGCUGAUGUGCACAUGAGGUCCUUUAGUGAUUCUGAAGUGCUCCCCGUGUCUGUCCUGCAACUUGAAGGACCACUGGAGAAGUUGCAUGACUCUGGCAUUCAUUCAGAAUUGUCUUUCUCAACCAUCAUUGGAUCAACAGAAAGUCCAUCUGGUACAAUGAAAGUUGAGUCGUGCAGACCUCUCUCUAGAGUGAGUAUGCAGGAUCCCUUACAGAAACGCAAACUCCUCUGCCAUGCAGAUACGGGGGAAUGCUUGCACAAGAAGCAGCGUGUAAUCCAUUUAGAGGACACAGAGUGACACCUGCCAUUCAUUAACAAGGGAUGUUUUCUGAAGAGGAGUUUCUGUUGAAGAUCACCGUUGCACUGCACUUUGUUUUGUGAACCUUUCUUGAGGUGUUGUUUACUUUGAAAAAUAUUUAAGUUCUUGGUUUUUGAUUGCACUCAUUAAAGAUUUAUUGAUUUUUUUUUUUUA